AUGGUGUUUCCCUUAACUUUGUUAAAAUGUUCUCAAAAUCAACCAGUGAUGGUUGAAUUAAAGAAUGGAGAAACAUACAGUGGUUUUUUAGUUUUCUGUGAUCGAUUUAUGAAUUUGCAUAUGAAAAAUAUAAUAUGUACAUCAAAAGAUGGAGAUAAAUUCUGGAAAAUUUCAGAGUGUUAUGUGAGAGGAAAUAGUAUAAAAUAUAUUCGUGUGCAAGAUCAAGCUAUAGAACAAGCCAUUGAAGAAACAGCCGAACAAAAAGCUAGAAAUAUGGGAAGAGGAAGAGGAGGACGUGGUAGAGGCCGAGGUGGCAUGAAUAGGGGCACGUAUGGACGAGGUCGCGGAGGUGCCAUGAGAAGAGGAGGAAGAGGUCAAUGA